AUGGAGUCUUCUCGGUCCAUAUCCGAACUGAAGUCGUCGUUCAUCAGGACGCAGGUCCGCAUCUUGUCCGAAAGCCUCGAAGCCCCGGCGGACUGGCGAAGUUAUGCCGCCGAACCAGCAGAGGAAGACCUGAGCGACAAGGUGGUUGGUGAUGUAUUGCAGAAAUUGAACGCAGCCUUGAAACAACACAAUCGCGUUAUAUACUCUUCUCAGGCGAUUCAGCAUGUGGCGCAACAAAUUGCAAGUUUGUACUGGUCCUCGGUCAACCAGGCUAGCCGUGAGGUAACCUCGCUGGAAAGAGGUGUCGACAAAACUGUCGAUUUGUCCAGCCAUCCAAACAUUACUCAGCUUCCAGGAGAGCUGUACAACCAAUCCGCAAGCGAAGAGGAAAGGCUUAGGUACAAGCGCUUACGAGAACGUCUUGCGAACCUUGAUCAUCAACGCCAACAGCGACAGCGGCGCCUGGACCAAUUGCGACUGUUGCAGCGUCUCCUAGAACCGUUCCGGGAACCUCAGAAUAAUGUUCAGCCCAAUCUCGUCACGAGGGAUGGUGAACUAGCUCGGGAAAUAGAGAAGAUGCGCAUGCUGGUCGCACGGGUCAGUGGUCGCAUUGCGCAGAGCCAGGCGGCUAACAACGAUGGCGGAAACGAGGCUUCAUAUGUUCUGGACUCUGAGCAGAAGCUUGAGGCGCUUCUUGAAAUGGAUUAA